AUGAACCCAGUUCCACAAAGCGCGUCAUCGCCCGGCGGAAAGUCUCUCAAUACUGCAUCAUCACAUACUCCCAUUCAACAACAGCAGAGUCAGACUACACCUCCAACUUUUGACUCAAACACAAGACGUUUUGCUAGUCACUCAACUGGGAUACCCGCGGCUGCCAGAAAUAAUCAAAGUCAACGGAAGCAACAUAGAAAUUCCAAGAAACCGAGGCUCGCGGAUGAGGAUGCUAUGGCGGAAUCCGCGGCCAUGAGAAAUGCAAAUAGUCGAAGAGGGCAAACCUCAAUCACACAUCUUAUGAGCUUCGCUCUCCCACCUAGGCCACAAGACUAUCGCAGUACUAUCACAAGAGGAACAAGGCGUGGAAAUAUAUAUGGAAUCGGAUCUGGUCAUCAUUCAAGUGACAAGGCGAGAUAUAUUCACGCAAAUUAUCGAUUUAUAGUCAGGCCACAUGGGGAUUACAAGCAACAAGCCCUAUUUGCGGACCAGCAUUUGGACUGGAGCGAUGUUCUACAAAUCCUCGCAUCGGCAGAAUCACAAGACGCAUCAUGUCCAAUCUGCCUCUCCCAUCCUGUGGCCCCCCGAAUGGCAAAAUGUGGACAUAUAUUCUGUCUACCAUGUCUCAUCCGUUAUAUGCACUCCACCGACGAUACGAACCCUAUCCCGGAGAAAAAAGCUCGAUGGAAGGCAUGUCCAAUUUGCUGGGAUACUAUCUAUAGUUCAGAAACUAGACCCGUUAGAUGGUAUAUUGGACAAGAAGGGCCGGCCCCUCGUGAAGGAGAGGACGUUGUAUUACGAUUAGUUAUGCGACAACCCGGAAGCACUUUGGCACUCCCAAGAGAUGGUGCGGAUGUGCUCGAUAAGUCGGAAGAUAUUCCAUGGUAUUUCGCUGCCGAAGUUAUGGAUUAUGCUCGAAUCAUGAAAGGAAGUGAAGAAUAUAUGUUGGAACAAUUUGAUUCAGAAAUUGAAGCAUUGAAGCAACAAGAGAAUGAGGAUGAAUUGAUGUUUGGAGAGGAACCGGAGUGGACUCGAAAAGCUGUCAAUUCCGUGCUCGAUGCGAAGGAAAAAAUCAAAGGUAUCGGCGGACCACCGCCUCCACCAAGCCAGCCCAUGGAGAAGAAACCCAAGAGGCAACCCAUACAAUUCAAUGUCGUUGAUGACAACACACCGGAGAUGUACUUCGUCCAGCAUGCUGCAAAAUCAGGCCUAGAUGUUUAUGCUUCAACGCUAUCUCCAUCAGCUGUCCCUUCCCAAUUGGAUCCGACGGUGACCCCCACGCCACCAACUCCGUCUAAUAUCACUCCAACCUCAAAUCCUUCACAUUCACGCUCAAAGAAUGUCCAUCAAAAUGAGGGACACUCACCGGAUGCCCCGUACUUUUUCUACCAAUCUCUCCUUCAUUAUUACCUCGCGCCCCUUGAUAUUAGGAUUCUGAAAUCCGCUUUCGGCAAUUUUGCCUCGUUUCCUUCAACAUUACUUCCUCGCGUUGAACGAGUCUCCACUCAUGUAAUGGAUGAUGAAUUAAGAAAAAGAACAAAAUAUCUGGCGCACUUACCAUUUGGCUGCGAAGUAGGUUUUUUGGAAUGCAAUUGGACUGAUGUUGUUCAACCGGAAAUUUUGAAUCAGUUCAAAGAGGAUAUUGAGCGACGAAGGAAACGUAACAGGGACAAGGAGAUUCGAGAAGAGAAGGACAGGCAGCGUGCUGAGAAGGCAGAGGAUAAUGCACGCUGGGCCCAUGCUAGACAAAGGCAACCCGAGACAUCCCCGGGAAGCUAUUCUGAUACAGAUUAUGCCCAACUUGCCUCGACGUCUAUUGACCCGAUCAAUGCAUCGCCUCCUUGGACCUCACGUCAAGGUUCUUCUUUCGGAGCACUCGCUUCACCGUCUACGAGUCCGCCUGCGCCAAGAACUGUUUGGGGUACAACUUUGGUAACACCAUCUUCGCCCGAUCUUCGUCCUAGACAUGAUAACAAUGCGGAUGAUGGUUGGCUGGCAACUUGGGAACAAGAACUUCAAGCAGAAAAUGAUGCAUUGAUCGCUCAAGUGCAAGCGGUGUCCUUGAACGGAGAAAGUAGUUCAAGUGCUACUCCUCAACCUCAAGGAAAGAAGAAAAAGGGAAAGAAAAUUACAUUAAUGAGUACCACAGCUAGAAGAGCUGCAUGA